UAAACACGGCGACAGGCUGCAAGUUUCUUUUGCUGUCAUAUGGCCACCGUAUGGCCCCCUGGCAGCGCGGUCGCGAACGACAUCAACGAGGAGCCUGAGUACCGUGGGCUCAGCACGCCCAUCGCGCUACAGCGACUGCACGAUGACAUCGAGACGGUGCUCGCGACCUACGAGGAGCGCUACGUGCGCCUGUCCUGCUGGGAGAAGUUCGGCUCGACUUUCGUCGGCACCUCGACCAGUCCGCUCGGCUGGUUCCCGGCGGUGGCCACCGUGCUGUGCGUGCUGUCGCUAACCGUCACCGGCCACUGCUGGUCGGCGGGGCUGCUGGGGGCGCUGCUGCUGCUGACCGUGGUCACGGUCGUACGGGAGAACAACCUGCGCAAGACGGAGAUCUACCGGAAGGUGCGCACGGUCCUGGACGAACUACGGCUCGGCGUCGAGCUUUGUGCCGACUGGGCGCCCAACAACUACCCGCACCUGUGCAGUCCCCUGUCACCGUGCGUGACACUCCAGUGGACGUACCGGGACGGGCGCAUCGUCAACCUACCGUGGGCCUUACUGGUCCGUGGCGAUCACAUCGUGAUGCGCCCGGGGCAAGUCGCUCCCGGCACCUGCACCGAGCUGGGGCCCGGGGCUCGCCGUUUUCGGUGCGGUGAAACGUAUGGCUUACAGCAACCCACCGAGCCACCUCCGAAGCCGGUCGCCCGUUCGCCGCUGCCCGACCUGAACUGCGUUAUCGAAGUCACGCCCUACCUGGAUACGCUGCGUACCUCGCUCGACUGCUUCCUGAACCGGCCGAAGACGAUCAUCAACCAGCAGCGCGAGCUACUGAUCACACGUUGCAUGCAGCAGUGGGGCUUCUGUGUCAUCCUGCUGGUGACGGUCGUGUGUGGCGUCCUGCGCUGCGUCGGACUGUACUUUUGUGGCAAGCUAGCGACCGACUGGAUGAACGUGCUGCUGCUCAAUCCGACUGCGGCCGUGCUACCCAUUCUGCCGCUAGCCUUCCCGCUGCUGUGGGUGUCAAUCAACCUGUGGGGUGUGGCGAGACUCGAGACGCUGCUCGCGAUCCCGCAGGCGGUGAUGCGCGCCCAGGCGCAAAAGUCCUUCCAGGAGGACCUGGACACACCGACCGGUGACCUCGACCACGUACAGCUGCCGCGCCGCGCUGUCCUCUACUACUGGUGGCAGCUGUAUCAGGGUCGCUCGCAGCUUCUCGGUCGCAGUGCCAACGUGGUGCAGGUGUUGGGAACAAUUACGGCGCUUUGCUGUGUGGACAAAAAGGGAAUUCUGUCGUGGCCGAACCCGACGGCGGAGAAGGUGUUCUUUCUUCGCAACGCCAAGGACGGCGAUCAGAAUAGCGAUCCGUCCGAGCAGAGCAGCCUCAACUCGCAGAGCACACAAAAGGAACCAGCUGGCGCAGUCGCCGAGGUGCUCGAUCUAACGCACGACCAGCACAGUCCGUUCCGGCUCGAAUUCGAUGAUCACGACUUCAAGAACCACUUAACCUCACUGAAACCACUUGGGAUUGCCAUCCUUGUGAAUACGUGCUGCCCGCUGACGCAAGCACACUACGCCAAGUUCUGUGGCCACGUGACGGCGGUCGCGAUGCUCGAUAAGGACCUGGUCCCGGUCACCAAUCGGUAUGCGAUUGUUGAGUCGAGUUUGAAUUGCUUUAUGCAUGGUCGAUGCCUGUGCGAGCUGGCCAAACAAAUCGGCUUCUCCCCGCAGGCUCGUGAUAUUUUCCAGCUUGAAGGGCAGAUUUCUAGCUACCGGCAUCUGCAACCCGACGUCGUGCGUCGAGACAUCCGGUUCGCCCGCUCGCUGCAGCUGACGACGAAGGUGAAGGUACCGUUCCCGCACUCGCUAUCGGUGGUGAUGCGCGAGAUCAACAAUGGUUCGCUGCAGCUGCUGACGCAGGGCACGGCGGACAUCGUGCUCGACUGCUGCGACGACUACUGGGAUGGUCACGAUUUGCAGCCCCUGACGGAGAAGGAGCGCAAGCGGGCGCAAGAUUUUUACCAGCGUUCGGCGCUCACCGCGUACUGUACCGCGUUCGCGUACCGACCGCUGCGCCACGGCAUCAGCGGCGCGUUGUCGGGCGGGCCGCACGGUAACGUCGCGUAUCUCGAGUUACCGCCGGAGACUAAAAAUCGGCGCGAGCUGUACCAACGCAUCAUCGAACGACGCACCACCGAGCCGGGCGAGAUCCUGGCAGACCGGAGCGGUAGCUGCGGCGGCGGCGGCGGCGUAACGAACGGUUUCUGUGCGGCACCCGCCGUCAAUGUGUGCAACGGUCCCGUCGCCGACGUUGGCCCAGCGAUGUUCGCCGGCGCCCCGCUGGCGCAUCACUCCAUCUCCACCGACACGCUGCUGUUUACGGAUGCGCGCGACGACGACAUCUCGGACGUGGACGGGUGCUAUCGGAUGCAAUGCCACCAGGUGUUCAUCGGCAUGGUGACGAUGCAGUACCAGGCGCAGACGGACAUCGUGCAGCUGAUUGAGCGGCUCGAGCGUGCCUGCAUCCGGUUCGUUCACUUCAGCAAGGAGAACGAGCUGCGGUCGCGCGUGUUCUCCGAAAAGAUGGGCCUCGAGAGUGGCUGGAACUGUCACAUCUCGCUGCUGAGCGACGGUGACACGCGCGCAUCCUCCCCCGUCAAACCGGGCUACGGGAGUAACGAUCCCAAGAUGCAGCUCCUGCUUCCGCCCACGGCAACGUACGCCGCCGGGUACGCGACGCAGGAAACGUCACGCGUGCUGAGCUCGUCCGCUCCCGGUGCCAUCUCCAAUCCGGACUCGAGCAGUUUGGCGGGCGCCGUGGGGUUCGGUGGCACGGCGCGGGGACCAGGCAGGCGCGUUUCGCGCACCAACAGUGAGCGCGGCUCGCGCGAAACUAUCUCCCUGCGGCGCCCGUCGACGGACUCGGUCAUGGGUGGGGGCGGGGAGCCGAGCGCUACCGAAGGCCACCCCCGGUCGCUGAGCUGCCUGAGCGAGAGCACGGAGCAGAGCGCGCCGAUCAAUUUUGACAUGUCGAACCGAGCGAAGUUACCGCGCGGCAUCGAGAACAUUCGGCCGCACCUGGAGAGCGUCGACAAUGUGCCGCUGCUGGUGUCCCUGUUUACCGACUGCUCGGCGGAAGCGACCCGCGAGAUGCUCAACAUCAUGCAGCAGUACGGCGAGAUCGUCGUCUGCCUCGGCUCGUCCGCCUCCAACUCCAACUCGGAGAUCUUCCUGCAGGGCGACUGUUCGAUCGCGAUCGAACCGCUGUACCCGCAGGUGUGCCAGGAAUUUCCCGCCUACAGCGAGGCGAACAUAUACAGCAAUCGGGCGCGUACGGCAGUGCCCCAGGCGCAGCGCACCCGCUUCGGAAGCCCUCUGCCCGAUCCGUGCACGACCGUUUCGCCGAUCUACCUAAGCCGCAUCCUGAACGCGAUCCCGUGCUCGAUCGCGACCUGCCGUGACGAUCCGAUCUCGAUUGUGGCGGUCAUUGAGUUGUCGCGCCGCUUCAUGGCCGGCUUGUGGAGCUGCGUACAGUAUUGGGCGUGCUGCGGUGUUUCGCUUGCAAUCAUGAACACGGUGACGGCCCUGCUAUCGCUGCCCCCGAUGAUUGUGCCGCUGCACGCCCUCUACCUGAUGUGCGUGGCCGUGCCACUCGUCGCCCUGACGCUGCUGCGCGUCGAACCGGACCCGGCGCUGAUGAAGCGGGCCACGGGCAAGAAGCAGCGAACGCUGCACUCGCGCCUCGUCCUGUUCGUGCUCUGGUGCUACGGUAUCAAGUUUGCGCUCGCCGUCAUGUUCCUCGUGCUCGCCUACUGUACCUUCCUGUCGCACCCGAUUGCCCUGUUCGCGGGUGAAAUUGGAGCGACCGUGGCCGGGUCUGGCGCGGCCCACGGCACGACGGUGCACAAGAUCCGUAGCGAAGCACAGCAGACUGCAGCGGAACCGGAGGUCGCCGGUGACCUACACAUUGCCCGCAGCUUCAUCCUGCUCGGUACCGUGCUCCACUUCGUCACCAUUUCGGCUUCGUUCGUGCACCGCGACUACAACUGCUUUAAGCGCAGCCCCCUCACCAACCUGUGCUGGGUGUCGGUGGUCGCGCUGCUGCUGCUCGUGCACCUGGCCGUGCUGGUCGUGCAGCUCUGCACCGACGACUACCUUUGGCAGCAGAUGGAGCGCAUCUGGCCCGUCGCCGUCUACAUACUGCUCAUGACGCUCGUUACCUUUUGCGCCAGCGAGUUUUUCAAGUGGGAAGAAAUCAAGGUCAACAAUCGGUACAUUCGGCGAGCUCGGCUAGACUUUGGCACCAAGCUCGGUAUGAACUCGCCGUUUUGAUGCAACUGCACCGAUAUCGAUGCGUUUCUGGGACGCGGCUUUUCGGGGCACCCGAUCGUUCGAGACUGGCGGCCACUGGUGGCCUGUUGGUGGUGGUGCACGAAUGUCCGAACAGCGAAAGGGGAGGACCAAAUUGACAGCGAGAGCCAUCUGGAUCACACGAUUCGUUUUUUUUAAAGAGCUGGUAUUUUAGUUUACUGUGGUUCGUUUUUUCCUUGAUCCAUUUCGAAUAGCAGUGCCACACACAGUUAUCAGUCGAUAAUGUGUCGCUAAUAAACAAGAAUUCUUCUGUCAUUAAAUUUGUGCAGGUGCAUUUGUUAUUUUAAAGCACCUCUACUCCAAGCACUGCCAGGAGAGUUUUUUGUAAAUGUGCAACAGCAGGGUACCCAAAGCAUCUGCCAGCAGUCUAUUAGUGCAAUAGCAGGUGGCGUAGCGCGCAAUAUAUUUUGUAGCGAUGUAAAUCAGUUGCCCAGAUGCUGUUUCUUUCCAAACUAAAGACAGUUCAAGCCUGCCGCCUUCGAAUUUGUUAAAAACCAACCAAACCAACGAAAAACCGCCUUCACGAACACAACGGUAUGGCGGCCAACCCAUCGCCGAGGCUCGCCAUCGCUCGCGGUCGUUCCAAAAGAAAACAGCGGGCUGCAGCGGAGCUCAACUGGCUUUAUUUCAACCUGGCCACCCCACGCGCAGCCGGAUCGAUCUGCCAUCAUGUAAACACAAGAAACCAUUUUUUUUUACCGCGACGCAAUAUAUAAUCUUAUAUUUUAGAUGUACGUUGCUAUUUAAUGAUGGGCCCCACGCCCCGCGUCGAAGUGGAUGACUAAACGAAUGUAGUACGAAACAUUGUAACAUGCAGAAAGAAUAAAGGUUCUAACACGAAUGCGUCUGCCA